CUAAUAUAUUAAUGUAGCAGUAUUCUUAAUAGUUUCCAUCCUUGUCAAUUUUUCUUCUAUGAACACAUGGUGGCUGAGUUGAGGGGAAGUACUUAGAAACAGAAACACAGAGAUGAAACCAGAAACAUCUCUGAACUUUACUUUGAUGCUGACUUUCUUACUUUAUCUGAACUUGGUUAUGGGAGUGCUGAGCGUUGAUCAUUAUCGCAGAGUUGACUUUCCUGAUGAAUUCGUUUUUGGUUCAGGCACCUCUGCUUAUCAGGUGGAAGGAGCUUCUAACGAAGAUGGGAGAACUCCUAGCAUCUGGGAUACCUUUGCCCAUGCGGUGUAUGAGCAUGGAGAAAAUGGAGAUCUAGCCUGUGAUGGGUACCACAAAUAUAAGGAAGAUGUGCAACUCAUGGUGGAAACAGGUCUGGAAGCCUAUAGAUUUUCCAUUUCUUGGUCGAGACUGAUACCAAAUGGUAGAGGACCUGUCAAUCCCAAGGGAUUACAGUAUUACAACAAUCUUAUUAAUGAACUUAUUAGCAAAGGAAUCCAACCACAUGUCACACUACACAACUGUGAUCUUCCGCAGGCACUUGAGGAUGAAUAUGGAGGAUGGGUUAGUCGUGAUAUCAUAAGAGACUUCACAAACUAUGCAGAUGUGUGUUUUAGAGAGUUUGGUGAUAGAGUCCAGUACUGGACUACUGUGAAUGAGCCCAAUGCCUUUGCCUUGGGUGGCUAUGAUCAAGGAACCUCCCCUCCUCAGCGAUGUUCUCCCCCAUUUUGCACUACAAACAGCACUAGGGGCAACUCAACAUAUGAACCCUACUUGGCAGUUCAUCAUAUUUUGUUAUCACAUUCUUCAGCCGUGAGAUUGUAUAGAAGAAAGUAUAGGGACCAACAACAUGGAUAUGUUGGUAUCUCUGUCUAUACAUUUGGGUUCAUUCCUCUUACAGAUUCAGAGAAAGACAAGGCAGCCUCCCAAAGAGCCCGUGAUUUUUUAGUUGGUUGGAUUAUUGAACCCUUGGUGCAUGGAGACUAUCCCAUUUCCAUGAAGAAAAAUGCAGGUGCAAGAAUUCCAACCUUCACAACUCGUGAAUCCGAACAACUUAAGGGUUCAAGUGACUUUAUAGGCGUAAUUUACUACAACAAUGUUAAUGUCACGGACAAUCCUGAUGCUCUGAAGACCCCACUUAGAGAUAUCCUAGCAGACAUGGCUGCAAGUUUAAUCUAUUUACAGGAUCUAUUUUCAGAGGAAGAGUAUCCUGUCACACCAUGGAGUUUGCGGGAAGAGCUGAAUAACUUCCAGCUCCAUUAUGGCAAUCCUCCUAUAUUCAUUCAUGAAAAUGGUCAACGGACAAUGAGCAAUUCAUCACUUCAAGAUGUGUCAAGGGUGAAAUACUUGCAAGGAAAUAUUGGUGGCGUGCUUGAUGCCCUGAGAGAUGGAUCAAACAUAAAGGGGUAUUUUGCAUGGUCUUUUCUGGAUUUAUUUGAAUUGCUGGCUGGAUACAAAUCGAGCUUCGGCCUAUACUAUGUUGAUAGGGAUGAUCCAGAGCUGAAGAGAUACCCAAAGCUAUCUGCAAAAUGGUACAAAUGGUUUUUGAGAGGAACUAUUGAACUCAAGAAGGAUGCAUCAUUUGAUUCUGUUGGCCAUUUAUUUCAAUAGGUUCUAUAAUUUUUUGUAUUACAACAUUGUUGCAUAGUGGUGUGUUUGACUUUCCGCUUCUAUAAGAGAUAAGGAAUAAAAUAGAUGAUUAAAAAAAAGAAUAAGGAGCAUUUUUGUAA